GCCGAUGAGAUUCUCCGAGAUUCCCAGCGAUGGAGCCCGAAUUCUUGGAGGUCGAGGUCAAUGGUCUAGCAGGACAUCUCUGCCAUCUCCACCUCAACCGCCGACAGAGGCUCAGCGUGCAAGAUCUCAAGACGACCAUUGAGGAGCACUGCAGCAUCGCUGCGGUGGAGCAGCGCCUUUUCCUGAACUCCACGGAGCUCUUCUCCACGGAGCAGCUCCUGAACAGCUCGGGUCGCGAGCUGACCUUGGUCCGACGUAGCAGCUUGCAGGUCCAAUGGCUUCAGGAGGUUUCAAAGAAUGGGAAAGCCUUUGCCGAAGCGCCCCUGGAAGUCUUGAGAGACAAGGAGAUCGAGAACAAGCCGCCCCCGGUGGCAAUCGAGACGGCUCAGGCUGCGGAACUCAUCCAUGACAGCCAAGUGCCCUUCGAGGCACCACUCCCUCCAUCGAGAGGGGCCGCGAUCAACGCCAUGCCGUGCACUGACCGCUGGCGCCAGGAGACCAUUUUUGAGGCCUUGCAGCAAGAUUGGCGUUUGUUGCAGUAUGUCCCUGAAGAUCUUCGGGAACAAAUCGACAUCAUCGAGGCGGCGCUCCAGCAGGGCGGAUCCGUCUCGCGCGUGGUCCCGGAGCACCGCCGCGGCGACGCACGCUUGGCACAAGCGGCGGUGAAGUUGGACGGCUCUGCCUUGCGCUAUUUUGAUGCGGAGGUGAUGGAAGACAAGGAUCUGGUGAUGAAAGCCGUGAAGCAGUAUCCUGAUGCUUUGGAGUUUAUCCCAAAGCAUUUCCUCAAGGAUCCAGAUGUGAUUCGAUGCGCGGUGGAGUCCGAUGGGACCUGCCUCUCUUACGCGCAUGAAGACUUACGAGGCGAUGUUGACCUGGUUUUCGCGGCAGUUCAGCAGGAGGGCAUGGCCCUCGAGUAUGCCAGUGAAGAGCUUCAGGCAGAUCGCCGCCUGGUGCUCGCCGCACUCCGCGCGGACGGCUCGGCGCUGCAGUUUGCGGGCGAUGCCCUGCGGGAGGACGAGGAGGUGGUCUAUGCGGCCCUACGCUCAGACGGCUUGGCGUUGGAGUUCGCACAUCCCAGCAAGCGUAGCGAUAAGGAGCUGUUGCUCUUCGCCAUUCGGAAGGAUCCUCGCGCCUUCGAGCAUGCAGCGCCCGAGCUGCGUGCUGACGUGGAGGUGGUGCGCGCUGCCGUGGCAAGGGCAUCGAUGGGCCACGGCCGCGCCAGCGACCAGCCAGAGGAUAAGGCUGGCAUGCUGGCGCUGGUGGCUAGCCAUGUACCCGAGGAGCUUAUCGAUGAAUUAGAUCCCGCCUCUGGUCUGAAGAAAUGUUCUGGGGGCCAACCCUCAGACGGCACGAUUACCAGGGAAGAGCAAGUAACCAGGGAAGAGCAUGGAAUUUGAGCACGGGUAUGGGUGAAGCAAACACGUUAAAGUUUGUGAGUAAACAUAUCCCACCAUGAGUGAGUUGGAGAAGGUAAAACGGAAUGUGUGUUGAGCGGUUGGGGUUGGUGCCAUCAUCUUCAGCAUAUAUAUAUAUAUAUAUGUAUGCAUAUAUAUAGCGCAUAUAGAGCAAUUUACCUUUGGAAGGGGCUCUUUGGUUCAAGACUGUAUGGUUCAUGGCAUGGGUGUAUAUGGUCCUUGGUCUAGCUUGGCUUGUUCCUGACCUGCACAGUGCGUGGAAACCUUCAGGUAGAGGAUACCUGGAUCCUGGACACUAAAUGCAUCUAAUACGGAUUGUGGGGAGACAGUGUCCAGUUCAACCACCAUGGCAGGAACCUACAGCUAGAGGGAAAAAGAACCAUCCAUGAUUGCUGCUCAUACUUGAAUGGUAGGACCUCAAGCUCCUUUUUUGGGAGGGAAGUUCUUCCAACGGCGCCGUUGGACCUCCUGCGCUACACCGUGAUUUUGGGAGCUCAAAGGGUUGGACCCAGCUCACAAGGUUGGACCCUGGUAAAGGUACACACCAAAUACCAAAUACAAAACAAGGCCGGAGGUUGGUCGUGCUGAUUUUGGCUGUUCUAUCUAUUGUUUCAGGCAUUUUCCAAGCAGAGUCCUUGAACUAGUAACUAGACCCACCAGACCGAACUGCUCCAAGAAAACACACAGUCACAUUCCUAAAGGUCUUUAACAUACAUUCCCGUAGGUUAACCCCCUUUAGGAAUAAUUUCCAACGUUGUGCUUUCUUAAGAGCUAAUCAACAAUGUGGCUUGCACACAGGAGGCGACAGAAAGAGAGAUAGAGAGAGAGAGAGCGCGCGAGCAAGCGAGAAGAGAGAGGGACAGGGAAAGAUACGAACUGAUCGCCGAGGUGUGUGUGUGUGUGUUUGUGUGUUUUCGGCAGUUUUCGGGCUUAGCCAAGGUUGAGCUGAGUUAGGCGCCGACUACUUUGGCUGUGCUAGGAGCUGACAGUCUUCUCACACAUGUAUUCCACCCCAUUUGGUAUCAGAUAUCAUGGCGCUCAGAGGUUGGAACCCAGUGUCAAAACGGGUAGCCAAGCUUUGCCAUCCCAUCCUACCGUAACCAUGGAAUGGAGAUAACGUAUUUCAUGCUAUGGCCUCUAUGUUUGUUAGGGGCUACUGUACUGGGAGGGAGCUAUGUGAAUGUUCAUGAUAUAGAGACCAUACCUUGACAUAAGCGAUAACAAACAAAGUUUAUCAUUGUUUGCCCCUCAUCCUCUGAGUAUCCCCAUCCUGCUCCAUCCGGUCAGCUUUUUUCCGGUGGCACAGGUGUCGGCCAAUCGAUAUCGAGAUGCACUCUCAGAAGACGAAGCGGGAGAAGUGGAAGUGACCAUAUGGCAUGCUGGACUAUAGGCCCACAAACUCAUGCUUUGGAAGCAGCUUCUGCAUCAUCGACACCUCUCCGUGCGCAGCAGACGCUCGGACCACGGAUCUCGCACUGGCAGCCCACCUUCGACAGCUCGGUCGCUGAAUGAAAUCGAGGAACUGAAUGGCGCUGGCUACGAGCACUGGACCAAGAUGGAUCAAGCCUGGGCACUGCAAGAUGCAGACCCAAAAACCACUGGGUUGUAGAGGAACAUGGUCUGUGGGUUUUUUGAGGGGGCCAUCGGCCUACCCAGGAAUCUCCAUGCUACUGGCGGAACAGGGUUGGCGGCCAUCACAUCCCGAAAACAAUAUGAAAACAUUGGUCAUUUUCCAUGUGUUCUUCCGUGUUUUUGUUGGGGUGUUGACUGGCCACCCUCUCAAAUACCACUUGCACUUGCAAGAUCUCGCAAAAAUGCGAGUUGCAGCUUUUUGGCGCGACCGUGAAGCGAUCGCAUGGAUUUGGCAGAAGGACUUCCCCAGAAUGCUCGCGGCGAA